GUGUGGCACUGUCAAAACUUCAAUUGAAAGCAGUUGUUAAAUGAACCGAUUUAAAGUCUCUGGGAUGUGUUGUCCUAUGGCGUGUUAAUAUAGGGCAGGGGUCAUCUUUCAUAGUUGGUAGCUAUUUUUGGACAAUAGAGUGGAGAGAGUAGCCCAGUGGAGGGCGGAACAUGACUUUUUGCACAAUUAUAUGACGAAAUAACAUUUGAGAUAAGCGCUUGCAAAUAGAAUAGGCUGUAACGCAUGUACACACUCGUUGGUUGCUCUCUUUCCAACAAUGUAAAGGGCCACUAUAAAUGAGAAUGAUAUGCCGUUUCAUUCAAGGUCGUUAGAGCGCACCCGCAAUCAAAAACAACUAUAACCCCAGUUUUUUUAUUUUAUUUUUUACGGUAAUGUUCGGUUGAGGAAAUCUGAUCCCUAUAGGCAGGCCAGUGAAGGCCACGCAUGGACUCACCAGGGUAUAUGAUGCAACGCGUGGCUGGGGGAUUAUUUUCACAGUAGUCAGAACUGGAAAGGAUGUGUCAUCAAAACCCAUCAUCUCUCACUUCUUUGGCAGAGUUUCUUCAAAAUCGAUGCUGACAAUGCUACAUUACGCCUUAGUAUACAUGGCAUAUCAUACCAGCAGAUGGCUUCCAAGGAAUGAAAGGUUAAAAUUUCAAAUUAUUAAUGCAGUCUUUGUGGCACUAGUUCUCAUCCCUCAAUUGUUUGUGCUAACCAGGCCCAAAUCCUCUAGAUACUGCCAGCAGCCUCUUCUGAACAAUCUCACUGCCUUCAUUAUCAUGUCCUUCAUGGCAACAGGUUUUGCAGUAACAUUCACACUGAUAGACCCAGUGCCCCAAAGCUUCAGGGCAGCCUACCAUGGGUUUGGACUUGUAUCUUUUGUCCAGGGACUAUGCACCAUCGUCCUGACUCUGACUGCACAACAGUGUGCAAAAACAACUCCUGAGCUGUACUAUUUGUCCCUUAUUCUAUCAUUGGCUUGUAUCCUGAGUACAGCCUUCUUCUUGGUGAAGGGAGGAUUCUGGGUAAAAACCAAUAGGCUACCCAGGCCUUGCCAGAGAGGGAACAAUGGCUAACUAGUCCAACCAGUAUACAGCUGCUCCAGGUUGCAAUUAGAUAUGCGCCAUAGACCCAUCCAUCUAUAAUUGAUGCUGUUUCCAGUCUACCACCAGCAAGCGAUACUGUUGCACAGUAUGACUAGUGACAAGUGUAGUAUGUAGUGAAUUUACAUAUCCCAUUUCCUUAAUUUGAUACACUUGAAAUCAAUCGGUGGGCAUAUGUUUAUUUACAUUCAAUUACUCCGUUUUGAGUGUCAAAUGAACUAUUAAAAAUGGCUACCACUAUCAUCAAGGGGCAUAUACAUUUUUCAAGUACCCAACGUUUCUGCUUAAACAUUCCUUUGUUUGAAAUCGCAGUUAAAAAGAAAUCAUCUGUGCAGAAAGGGUUGUGAAAGCUGUAGUUUAUUUCCUUGUGGUAAAACAGUGAUUAACUGUUACAUUAAUUCCAUGUGUGUACAGUAUGUAGAAAAAUGGUGUUUAGGUCCCCAUAUUUAUAAAAAUAAACAAUUGUAAAUAAUUUAUUCAUAGACUGUUUGAACCUCAGAGUGAUAAGGAACAAACCACACUUUCACUUACAGCAAUCAGAAUAAUCAGGUGUUAUAACAUUUGUAUGUGCAAACAUCAAAGUGAAACCUAAUUACAUAUUUUUCCCAGGCAAAAUAACCUUCAGCUAAUACAUAUAUAUUAACAUACACCUGUCCGUAAAAUGAAUUAAGGCAACGCAGUGAAGCGGUUGAACUAAACUUCAUCAACCCAUUUUGAAAUCCAUUUCGAUAUCCUAAAAAAAGGCCCUUUACGUAAGAGGAACUCCUAAUUCAAUCCACAAAUAAAACAUCUAUGAACUCAAGUUAGUUACACACUUUCAAAUCAAAUGUUGUGCAGUGAGCAGAUCUGUGUGAAUGCCAGUGAAGGAUGUCUCAAAGGAAUAGACUCACAGUAUCAAAAAAAUUACUUUUGUUUUGGAAGGUCACAACGUAGUUAAGCAUUUCACUGUACUUGUACGACAUUUUGUAAGCACCAUUUCACUCACAUUAAGAGAUUCUCUGAUACAUUUUAGCCAGUAGUUCUGAAAGUAGCA